AUGCGAUCCACCCCUCUGGCAGCUCCUGUGGGUACUCCCUCCAGGAAGAAGCAGUUGAAGUUGGAUGAUGACCUAGAUACCGAGUGUCCCACCCGGAAACAAGCUCGAAGUGGACCCCAGCCCAGGCUGCCCCCCUGCCCUCUGUCCCUGAGACCAGCCCCUGCUCCAGUCCGUGCCCCUGCUGUGACCACUGCCUCCCAGCUUGGGCCCUAUGUCCUCCUGGAGCCUGAGGAGGGUGGCAAGGGCUACCGGGCCCUGCACUGCCCCACAGGCACUGAAUACACCUGCCAGGUGUACCCAGUCUGCGAGACCCAGGCGGUGCUGGAGCCCUACUUGCGGCUGCCCCCCCACAGACACGUGGCGCGGCCCGCGGAGGUGCUGGCAGGCACACACCACCUUUACGCCUUUUUCCCGCGGCCCCACGGGGACAUGCACAGCCUGGUGCGCCGCUGUCGUCGCCUGCCCGAGCCUGAGGCCGCCGGGCUCUUCCGCCAGAUGGCAGCCACUGUGGCGCAUUGUCACCAGCAUGGUCUAGUCCUGCGAGACCUCAAGCUGCGACGCUUUGUCUUCACCGACCGUGAGAGGACAAAGCUGGUGCUGGAAAACCUGGAGGACGCCUACGUGCUGACUGGGCCAGAUGAUUCCCUGUGGGACAAGCAGGCGUGCCCGGCCUACGUGGGACCUGAGAUCCUCAGCUCGCGGGCAUCCUACUCAGGCAAGGCGGCAGAUGUCUGGAGCUUGGGUGUGGCGCUCUUCACCAUGCUGGCCGGCCACUACCCCUUCCAGGACUCAGAGCCUGCCCUGCUCUUUGGCAAGAUCCUCCGGGGGGCCUAUGCCCUGCCUCAGGGCCUCUCAGCACCGGCCCGCUGCCUGGUCCGGUGCCUGCUUCGACGGGAGCCAGCUGAGAGGCUCACGGCCUCGGGCAUCCUGCUGCACCCCUGGCUGCGAGAGAACCUGAUCCCCUCAGUCCCAUCUCGAGCCCACCUCUGGGAGGCUGACCAGGUGGUCCCUGAAGGGCCAGGGCUAGAGGAAGUCGAGGAAGAGGAGGGGGCAAGGGAAGUGGGCCUGUAUGGCUAGGGCUACCCCACCAGACUCUCAACUGUGAACUUGGAUUGAGUUUGGGACGUCCCCAAACUCUCUCCUGCCUCUUUGAACUGAGACAAACCUUAAGUGCCUUCUAGGAGGGAGAAAAGAGGAGGGGUAUGUGGUGUGCUGUGGGCACACCUGUGUGGUUCACACACCUGUGCACAUAAGCUCAUGCAUGCGACAAGUCUUUCUUGGGGCUCUCUCUGUGUGCCUUGUUGUAGGUGCUGAGAAUACAGCUGUGAACACAAGACAAAACUCAGAGCCGACAGUACCUUUCUAUACCCAUAGGCCAGUGUCUGCACUGGACUGGGUACACUUAGGACAGGUGAUGGCAUCCACUGGUGCUAGCACCCCGGCACCUCCGUCAUGGGACAGUCCCUUUCACAAUCAACCCAGCUGCCUUUGUAUGUUGCAUCCUGUGCCAAAGGCUUCAGGCCUCUCCCCUGCAGCUUAGGGCCCCAGAGCCCAGGCCCUGCUGGGAAUUCUGCCCCAGCAGCUGUGUCCCCUUGGCCAGAGGACUCUUUGUCCAGGCCUGAGCCAAGGAUUUGAGAUGGAAGAUCAAGUAUCCAAAUCGUGAGGCGGGUCCUCAUCUAGCUCGAGGAGAGGUUUGGAAUGAGGGUCCAGGCCUGUUCUCCUCAGCAGCCCCUGACCGGAGCAGGAGUUGGAGAACAGGAUUAGGUGGGGUCUGCCCCCUGGCCCCUGGGAACGUCAACCCAGUUCUGAGGACACU